AUGGGAGCUGUGACAUAUCGAGAUAGCAUUGCAAUUCUUCAGCUUGUCGUUUUCCCUGUACUACUUGUUUGUGCACUUAUCACAUGGAAGCGAACUGGCUGGAAGGCUGCAGGCAAGACGUGGCGAUUCGUUAUUUCGCUUUCCCUCAUUCGAAUCAUCGGCAGCAUUUGUACAUUAAUAACGAUUGAUCAUCCCACGGAAAACAUCUACAUUGCGGAGGCAGUAUGCGAGCUUAUCGGUAUUGCACCUCUGAUGCUAAUCUAUGUUGGACUCUUGCGGCAAAUUGAUACGGAGCAGAGAAUGCAUCCGAAGUUCCUUUCACUGGUGGCCCUCACCUGUUUCGUCGGCCUCAUCCUCGGUAUUGCAGGAAUCAGUAUCACCGACGAUAACUCGGAUACCUUCCACGCAAACAGCAUCGUUAAGGCAGCCAUGGCAGUCUUCCUAGCUAUAUUUGUCGUGGAUAUUGCGAUUACGAGCUGGCUAUACUCCCAACUUCGGUCGAGGUUGAGCAGCUUCCAGAAAAAGCUGUUCCUCGCUAUCGUUCUUUCAUGGCCCUUCCUGUUGAUUCGUUUGAUAUACUCGGCCAUCAGCGAUUUCACCGAUAAUUCGCGAUUUGCUAUCCUGGUAGGUGACCCGACCAUCUACCUAUGUAUGGAUGUCCUGGAGGAAAUCAUCGCCGUGUCUCUCUGUGUGGGCUUUGGAAUGUCGGCAGCGCUUGAAAUCAAAGCAAACCAGCCACCUGUUUAUAGUGAGGCAAGGAAGGACUUGAGGCCUGGCGAGGUAUAA